UAGCCAUCGCUGGUUUCCAAUCACCAAACCGCAGCUGGAAAAGCAGAAGAAGAGAAAGAUGAUGGAAGAGAAAGUCCGUUUAUGAGAAAUAAUAAUUCCAAAAAGACUGGAACACUGUAAUGAGAUUACAAAAUCAAAUCAGGAAGAACAGAAAAGAAAAAAGAAAAGAAAAGAAGGAGCAGCAGUUACUCGGUGCGACUCUACAGGCUGUCAGGAAGCAGGUUAUUUCCUAACGGAAAUUUCCUGGAGUGAAGUUUGAAGCUUUGAUGGCACAUCAAGUCGUCGUGGCACUUUUCUGUCCGCUCCGGCGCGUCUCUGCGGCUUUUCUGUGACUCAACGACGGAGUAAUUUUCUCCUCCACUUCUCUACUUAAAUUUGCCUUUAACUUCGAGCCACCAUGCUGGACCCGUCCUCAAGCGAAGAGGAAGAUGAGGUGGUGGAAGAAGAGCGCAAAGCGGCCGCGGUGGCGGCUCCAAAGGCCGCCGGGAGCGCGCGGGUCUCGUCCAGCCGUUCCGGCCAGAGCGCGAGCGGCUUGCCACCCAGCCGCGGGGGCCACACACGGCCCUCCAGCCCCGGACCCGCAGCCACGGGCGACAAGGAGAAGGACGACGUGGAGAAGAUGCAAAGAGAGGAAGAGGAGAGAAAGAAGAGGCUGCAGCUCUACGUGUUCGUCAUGCGCUGCAUCGCGUACCCGUUCAACGCCAAGCAGCCCACGGACAUGGCGAGGCGGCAGCAGAAGAUCAGCAAACAACAGCUUCAGGUCAUAAAGGAUCGCUUCCAGGCCUUCUUGAACGGAGAGACGCAGAUCGUGGCAGAUGAGGCGUUCAUCAAUGCCGUCCAAAGCUAUUACGAGGUGUUUCUGAAGAGUGACCGCGUCUCUCGGAUGGUCCAGAGCGGCGGCUGCUCAGCCAGUGACUCGCGCGAGGUCUUUAAGAAGCACAUCGAGAAGCGUGUGCGCAGCUUACCCGAGAUCGAUGGCCUGAGCAAGGAGACGGUGCUUAGCUCCUGGAUGGCUAAGUUCGACACCAUCUACCGUGGCGAGGAAGAUCCCCGGAAGCACCAGCAACGCAUCACGGCUAGCGCUGCCUCCGAGCUCAUCCUCAGCAAGGACCAGUUGUAUGAAAUGUUCCAGCAGAUCCUUGGCAUCAAGAAGUUUGAGCAUCAGCUGCUCUAUAAUGCCUGCCAGCUGGACAAUCCGGACGAGCAGGCCGCACAGAUCAGACGCGAACUCGAUGGGCGCCUUCAGAUGGCUGAUCAGAUAGCGAAAGCUGGUAAAUUCCCCAAGUUUAUGUCAAAGGAUAUGGAGGCGCUGUACAUCGAGGAGCUGAAGUCGUCAGUCAACCUGCUCAUGGCCAAUCUAGAGAGCAUGCCUGUGUCAAAAGGAGGAGAGUUCAAGCUGCAGAAACUGAAAAGAGGCCACAACACGUCUAUCAUCGACAUGGGCCAGGAGGACGAGAACCAGCUGUCCAAGUCUGACGUGGUUCUUUCCUUUACACUCGAGGUUGUGAUCAUGGAGGUUCAGGGUUUGAAGUCGCUUGCUCCUAAUCGCAUCGUCUACUGCACCAUGGAGGUGGAAGGAGGCCAGAAACUCCAGACUGACCAAGCCGAAGCCUCCAAACCCACUUGGGGAACUCAAGGAGACUUCACCACCACGCACCCGCUUCCUGCUGUCAAGGUGAAACUGUUCACUGAGAGUACCGGAGUGCUGGCACUGGAAGAUAAAGAGCUGGGACGGGUUGUUUUACAUCCGACUCCCAACAGCCCCAAGCAAUCCGAGCUACACAAGAUGACGGUGUCGAAAGGCUGCGCAGACAGCGACCUGAAGAUUAAACUCGCUAUACGCAUGGACAAACCUCAGAACAUGAAACACUGUGGAUACCUUUGGGCCAUUGGAAAAAACGUCUGGAAGAGGUGGAAGAAGAGGUUCUUUGUCUUGGUGCAGGUCAGUCAGUACACCUUUGCCAUGUGCAGCUACAGAGAGAAGAAGGCAGAACCUGUGGAGCUUCUCCAACUGGAUGGAUAUACUGUGGACUACACUGACCCUCAGCCAGGUUUGGAUGGAGGCAGGACUUUCUUUAACGCUGUGAAGGAAGGCGACACUGUGAUCUUUGCCAGCGAUGAUGAGCAGGACCGCAUCCUGUGGGUUCAGGCCAUGUACAGAGCCACGGGCCAGUCGCACAAACCCAUCCCUCCAACACAGGUCCAAAAACUCAACGCUAAAGGAGGAACAGCACCACAGCUCGACGCUCCAAUCUCACAGUUCUACGCAGACCGUGCACAGAAACACGGGAUGGACGAGUUCAUCUCAGCGAACCCCUGUAACUUUGAUCACUCCUCGCUGUUCGAGAUGGUGCAGCGCCUCACGUUGGAUCACAGACUCAACGACUCCUACUCCUGCCUGGGUUGGUUUAGUCCUGGUCAGGUGUUUGUCCUGGAUGAGUACUGCGCCAGAAACGGCGUACGGGGUUGUCACAGACACCUGUGUUACCUGAGCGACUUGUUAGAGAGAGCUGAGAACGGAGCGAUGAUCGACCCCACGCUGCUUCACUACAGCUUCGCUUUUUGUGCUUCGCACGUGCAUGGCAACAGGCCUGAUGGAAUUGGCACCGUUACAGUGGAGGAACGUGAACACUUCGAGGAGAUUAAAGAACGACUGCGAGUGUUGCUCGAAAACCAGAUCACACAUUUCAGGUACUGUUUUCCAUUUGGACGGCCAGAGGGAGCCCUGAAGGCGACACUCUCUCUGCUGGAAAGAGUGUUGAUGAAAGACAUCGUAACUCCGGUGCCCCAGGAGGAGGUGAAGUCAGUGAUCAGGAAAUGUCUGGAACAGGCAGCGCUGGUCAACUACCAGCGUUUGUCUGAGUAUGCGAAAGUGGAAGAGAACGUAGGCCGCUUAGUUACGCCUGCCAAAAAACUGGAGGACACUCUCCGCCUGGCCGAGCUGGUCAUCGAGGUGCUACAGCAGAACGAGGAGCAUCACGCAGAGGCAUUUGCAUGGUGGUCUGAUCUCAUGAUGGAACAUGCAGAGACAUUUCUUUCCCUCUAUGCUGUGGACAUGGACGCAGCGCUGGAAGUCCAACCUCCGGACAGCUGGGAUAGUUUUCCGCUCUUCCAGCUGCUCAACGACUAUCUGCGGAUCGACUAUAACCUGUGUAACGGAAAAUUCCACAAGCACCUGCAGGAUCUCUACGCACCUCUCGUGGUGAGAUAUGUGGACCUGAUGGAGUCCUCCAUCGCCCAGUCUAUACACCGGGGCUUCGAGCGUGAGUCCUGGGAGCCUGUAAAGAGUUUAACAAGUAAUCUGCCCAAUGUCAGCCUUCCAAUUGUGAACCUCCAAAUGCCCAAAGUUCCAAAUCUACCGGUGUCAGUUAAUCUGCCACCAGUGCAAAUACCUCUCUUUUCCACCCCCAGCUGGAUGACGGCCGUAUCGGAUGCAGAUAAUGGUUCAGGGACGUCUGAGGAUCUGUUCUGGAAGCUGGACGCUCUGCAGACGUUCAUAAGAGACCUGCACUGGCCCGAGGAGGAGUUCGCUAAACACCUGGAGAUGAGACUUAAACUAAUGUCCAGCGACAUGAUCGAGUCAUGUGUGAAAAGGACAAGGGUGGCAUUUGAAGUGAAGCUGCAGAAGAGCAGUCGGACCACAGACUUCCGCGUCCCUCAGUCCAUCUGCACCAUGUUUAACGUCAUGGUGGACGCCAAAGCCCAGUCUGCCAAACUGUGUGCCAUGGAGCUCGGCCAGGAGCGACAGUAUCACUCUCAAAUCGAUAACCUCAUCGAGGAGACGGUGAAGGAGAUGAUUACUUUACUGGUGGCAAAGUUUGUGGUGAUUUUGGAGAGCGUUCUGGCCAAACUGUCUCGCUACGAUGAGGGCACGCUGUUCUCCUCCUUCCUCUCAUUUACUGUCAAAGCCGCCUCAAAAUACGUGGAUGUACCUAAACCCGGCAUGGAUGUAGCCGACGCCUACGUGACGUUUGUCCGCCACUCUCAGGACGUCUUGCGGGAUAAGGUCAAUGAGGAGAUGUACAUAGAAAGAUUAUUUGAUCAAUGGUACACUAGCACAAUGAACCUACUGGGUACCUGGCUAACAGAUCGCAUGGACCUGCAGCUUCACCUGUACCAGCUGAAAAUCCUCAUUCGGAUUGUAAAGAAAAAAUACCGCGACUUCCGUCUGCAAGGCGUCCUCGACUCCACUCUGAACAGCAAGAUGUACGAGACGGUGAAGAACAGGCUGACGCUGGAAGAGGCCACGGCGUCUGUGAGGGACGGAGGAAUGCAGGGCAUCUCCAUGAAGGACAGCGAUGAAGAAGACAAUUAGGUGCCAUGUGGAGCAGCCAUGUUUGGUGUAGUCUGAUGAAGCGAUGCAUGCACUCCGUUCGUCAUGCUUCCUUAAUAAUUUUUACUUUCGAGUCGUACGAAUGAUAACGGGGGCCAAUGUUAGUUAUUGAUAUGAGAUAAGAAAAUUUUAAAAAUCGAUAUUUAAUGUUCAUCAGAAGAUCGUUGUAACAAAUUUUUUUUUUUUGGGGGGGGUGUUCGAAUUUGGAAUUGGUGUUUUACAAGUAAUAAUGUCCAAAAUGUGUUCCUAAAUGUUUCGAAGCAAUAUGGCGUACUACUUGUAAGUGAUGUUUGCGUCAGAUGGUUAGGAACGUAUGCCCUGUUGUGUCCCUGUUCGAUGCAAAUGUGUACGGCGCUUUUUAUGUGUACUGUAAAUAUAUGAACGGUACAUAAUUGCGCAUAGUCUCCUUUGGAGUCUUUUUUUUUUUGGCCAGAUGAAUUGAUUAUGUUGUAUUUAACUGGUUUGGGGUGUUUAAAGGUAGUGUUUAUAUUCCAUUUACACAAUAAAUGAAUAGUCAAUCAAUAAUCACAGUAUCUCUGGUACCACAAGCCAUCUGGAACGGACAUCUUUUUUUUUUUUAAUGAGUUAGUAGAUAUUUUAGAAACGCAAUACUAACUAUAUUAUGAUGUACUUUGACUAAU